GGCCUGCAGUCUUGUUUACGCUGCGAACGUCCUUGACAAAUACCAGUGCUUAUUACCAGUCGAUAUUUCAUUUUGGGUGUGUUUUUUAUCGUCGUCUUGUGAAGUCGUUGUAUUUAGAUAUCAAGUUCAAUGAUUUCUCUAAGAAGCAUUUGCCAGGCAUGGUUCAAACCUUUUUUAAUAUCAGGUAUAAAACCAAAAGGAAAACCAGUUCACGGUUCUAUCUGUUCCUUGCAAUUUCACCAUAACCACAGACCAAUGCAUUCUUCUCAGUGUGCAAGACAGUUAGCUACCAACUCUACAGAGGAGUCCUUGUUAAAGAGAAAGUAUGUGCCAAGACGUACCUUGAUGUACAUUCCAGGACAUGAUGAGAAAAAGCUGCGGAAAAUACCAAAUUUAGGCGUGGACUGUGCUGUACUUGAAUGUGAAGAUGGAGUAGCCUUAACUAAAAAAGCAGAAGCACGUGAAAAUAUCCGUAAAAUUCUUGACGAACUUGAUUUUGGAACAACAGACUGUGCCGUGCGUGUCAACAGUAUGGAUAGUGGUCUCACCGAGGAGGACCUUCAGGUCAUCUUCCAGGCGGACAAACUUCCUCAAACCGUUCUUCUACCAAAGGUUGACACAGUAGAUGACAUAAUCGAGUUUACAACUAUGUUUAAGAAUGUGACAAAGGACAAAAAUGGCUACUGUCCAUAUUUGAUCGUCUAUAUAGAAACUGCAAUUGGACUUCUAAAUAUGAGAAACAUUUUACAACAAGCAAAAGAUUUCUCUGCAUAUGGAAUAUAUCAGUUGGAUGGUGUUGUCUUUGGCUCUGAUGACUUAUGUGCAGAUAUAGGUGCAUCAAGAUCUACAGCUGGUACAGAACUGAUGUAUGCACGACAACAAGUAUUGCUGACUGCAAAAGCAUUCAGAUUACAGGCCAUUGAUAUGGUUCACAUUGACAUUAAAGAUUUAGAUGGCUUGUUGCUGCAGUCGGAGGAAGGAGCCCGGUUUGGAUUCACAGGAAAACAAAUUAUUCAUCCUAAUCAGAUAGCCAUAGUGAGGGAUGCUUUUACACCAAGUAAAAGUAAAAUAGAUUGGGCAAUUGAGCUCAUACAAGCUUUUGAAAAACACCAGGAGUCAGGGGAGGGUGCCUUCACGUUUCAUGGAAAUAUGAUUGAUAUGCCAUUGUUACUUCAAGCUAAAAAUAUUGUUCAAAUGUCUGAAAGGACUGAACAGGCUGUGUGACACCAAUUACUGCUGAUGUGUUAUUAAUUCCGAGAUUUUUAGUGCCAAAAAGUGUGCUGCAACAGAAUGUGAUGCAAAUAUACCUUAAAUAUUUUUUAUUAAGUGUGAUAUAGAAGUGAACAUAAAUUCUGGUGUCAUUAUAGUAUGGUUAAGAACUUGCUACAAAGUGAACAUAAAGGUAGUUACACUGAGUGAGAUUAUGAAUCUCUGUUAUGACAUUAUUUGUGGUAAUCUAAACUGUUCAGGACUUUGAUGUGGUUUGGAUGAAAGAAUGAACACUUUAAGGUAUUUUUGUUGAGAAUAUUGACAGCACAAGCUGGAUGGUUUUCAAAAGCUGUUACGAGACGUUUAUAUAUGCACAGAUGUUAUUUGAAAGGUGAACAAAUGGACCACCAUUUGAAUUAAAUUCAAUUGUGAAUAUUAUAGUUUGUGUUAGUUGUGGAAAUUUUCUAUAAAUAUACAUAUGUUGGUUCUGAAAACAUUGGUAGAUAGUUUUAUGGUGCUAAAGUUUGUUUAACUAUUUAAAAAAAAAAUUGAAAUGUGGAAAUAGUGACAAGUAACCAAAGGAUGUGCUUUAGCAGGGCUUGAAACUGCCUGUGGCCAGGUUGCAAAAUGCAUAAUGGCAUUAGUCGCCCAAAUAAUAUUAUUUGGGCGAUCUUCUUUAGAGCUAUAACAUAUGAGCCACUGUUAAUAUUUGUAUUGCAUAUAUUUAUUCCACAUUAAAAUCUUGCUCAUGGUUUGCCAACAUCCAUUAUUUUUGGGCCACCAUAUUUUUUGGCAAGUUUCGAGCCCUUUUAGGAAGUUGCAUUUGCAUCUAAAGUUGUUGCAUUUGGCUUGAAAAAAUUACUGUACUAAGAUGUGUAUUAAAAAAAUAUAUUAAAAAAAAAAAAAAAUGUG